CAGUACGUUGGACCUUCGAGAUGCGUACAAUCAAGUGCCACUCGAUGACGAAUCCAAGAAGUUAACCGUCAUCAACACGCACCGUGGUCUCUUCUGUUUCAACCGGCUGCCAUUCGGUAUUUCUUCCGCACCCGCUAUCUUCCAGCGCAAGAUGGAGAGCCUGCUGCGAGGAAUACACGGCGUACAAGCGUAUCUCGAUGACGUCAUUGUCUCGGAGAGAAGAAAGGAAGACAGGAGCGUGCUCAAGCAGGUGCUGCAGCGUUUCAAGGAGAACGGAGUCAAGCUGCACAGAGGGAAGUGUAACUUCUGGCAGGACGAAGUCUGCUAUCUCGGGCACCGCAUCAACAAGGACGGCCUACACCCUACGGAAAAGAACCUGGCGGCUAUAAUGGAAGCAAGGAGCCCGAAGAACGAAGUUGGAACUCACCGUAGCCCAGGGUUUGCUCUACUGGGGGCACCGGGUCGUCGUGCCACAGACAGCACGUGGAGCGAUGCUAAAAAUGCUGCACGAGACCCAUCAAGGAGCAUCGGCGAUGAAGGCGGUCGCGCGGACACUUCUUUGGUGGCCAGGGCUCGAUGGAACCCCGUAGCAAGCUGUGGCCCGGAGAUUCAGUUUGGGCCCGGAACUUCGGAGAAGGAGAAAGGUGGUUGCCAGGGACGCCGCUGGCACUCAAAGUACCAGGGACAGCGGCAAAGACAACGCAAGGCGCUCGACAAGAUGCAGUACAAGAUACAACACCUGCAGAACCAACCAUCAGCACCACCCAGCCGCCAGAGUUGCGAAGGUCAACCAGAGAAAGGAAGCCUGUAG